AUGUCCCGCAGGCCAGGAAUCGGCAAGUCCACCAACCUUGCAAGUCGCUCACCGCACGACUUUGCUCAAGACUUGUCUCAUGUAGCAGACGAGCUCAAUGUCUGCUGCUCGACUCGCAUCGUGUCGGCGCUGACGUCGCUUCAGAUUUCUCAUUUUGCCGUGGUUGGCUUCUCUGCUGGCGCCUCAUACGCCCUGGCGCAAGCCCAGCAAGAUGCGAGGGUGAAGGCGGUGGCUCUAGUGGGGGCAUCCGUUCCUAUGGUAGACCUCUGA